AUCAUUUUGAUGAUAGCUACAGAGUCUGUGGACAAUUGCAAAGCUCAGGAAAACAACAACAAGAAGUAUUUCCAACAGAAACAAAGCUGUGAUGGAAUGUUGAUAAGUGUAGGUGAAAAAAGAAAAUAAUGUGGGAGACAAAUACGAGUACAUAUUAUACCUUCCGUGAUCUGUAGGAGGAGGAGGAUUAAUGAAGAUUGAUCUCGUUAGUUAAUCAAAAUCAAUUGGAGGAAAUAUUAAGGUAAAUGGACGGGUAAAAGUAAAUCAGGAGCACAUACCAGAAGACGUGCAUGGAUUAAGAAUAAAAAUCAAUUUCAUAACAGAAGCUUUAUAGAAAAUUUUUACCUUCAACCGAUUACUUCCGCGACUGCAGAAGAAGCAGAAGAAGAAACCUGCAACCCCUCAACUUCCCACCGGAUCCCCCACAACCUGAUUCUCGCCCCCUAACCCCGCAGUGCCACCCACCUGAUUCUUUUUUGGCACCCGUCAUGGCCCGCAACGGCACCUGCUCAACUUCUCUCAGAUGACUGCCGCUCUCAGAGAUGUUCUCCAGUGUCGGUGGUGAAAAAGUUUCUCUAGGAUCUAGGAUCGUCCAGCCAAACAACUACGUAAGUAAGGACAUGGGGUGGUCGAGGGGGAAGGUGGGACCUCCACGCCCAUCUGAAGCCGUCUGCUGACCGCCUACAGGGCGGGCAGGGGGGGUUAUGCCCACCUCACUGACCUCGCCUCCCCUGCACCGCCACACUCAGCUGCCAUUUCCUCCCCUGCUGCUGAUGCCACUACUACUUUUGCUUUCUAUGCCAAAGCUAUGCCUCUCUGGUGUUCCAGUGGUGGCCUCUGACACUUUUUCUUUCACACAGCCUACCCAUAUUUUGUUGGCUACUUCUGCUACCACUACCUCUUCAAAGUCUUCCGCUGACACCAACACUGCAUCCUAUUCCACAACUGCCACACCAUUAGCCAGUGCUGUUGUCAGAAACAUCACACCAAUGGUUCUUGCAUCACCACAUUCUGUUUCCAAGAUUUCCACGCUCUCAUCUUCACAUGCUGCUCCAACUGCAUCAUCCACCGACAGACCUUGUCUUCCUUCAAAUCCCAAUACAUCCAGUAGACACCCUUCUGAUGAGGAAGAGAAUCUUACAAAAAAGGAACCCAAGGGACCAUAUUAUACUGAAAACUAUAGAGUGAAAAACAGAGUGAAUGCUGUCAUCAGGAGUGCUAAUGAAUCAGUUCAAGGUAGUGAUGAUACAUUCCCUUCUAUAUAUCUUGGUUCAGGUGGAAAUUUUGGAGGAAAUGAAACCUACCUCGGAGAGCUAGAGCUAAGGAAUUGGACAGGCACAGACAUUGGCUUGACAAUCAUCAAGGCUUUAGUAAUGGGAGCAAUUAUAAUAGUAUCAAUGCUUGGAAACAUCUUGGUUAUUGUAAGUGUUGCAUUGCACCGUCGCCUCCAUUCUACAGCUAAUUACCUCCUUGUGUCCUUAGCAACUGCAGAUAUGCUUGUGGCUCUCUGUGCCAUGACAUUCAAUGCUUCUGUUGAAUUAUCUGGCGGGCGCUGGAUGUUUGGACGCGUUAUGUGUGAUUUAUGGAACAGCUUUGAUGUUUACUUCUCAACCGUCUCCAUCUUACAUUUGUGUUGCAUUAGUGUGGAUAGAUAUUAUGCCAUUGUCAGACCCCUGGAGUACCCACUUACCAUUACCCGUCGUAUCCUUGCUAUUAUGUUAGCUCACUGUUGGUUAGCACCCACACUCAUUUCCUUCCUGCCAAUAUUCUUAGGGUGGUACACUACAGCAGAACACUUGCGAUCUCGAGACUUUCAACCUCAUGUGUGUUCAUUUGUUGUAAAUGCAGUGUUCGCUUUGGUGUCCUCAGCUGUGUCAUUUUGGGUCCCUUGUACUGUCAUGGUAGUUAUGUAUUUCAGAAUUUUCCAAGAAGCUAGAAAGCAAGAACGGGCAUUAUUAACUAGGGCUUCCUCAGCCAAUUCAACUGCUUACUCAUCAUCUAUUAGACUUGGUUCUGGUGCAUCACAGCAACAGCAGGAUCCAGCUGCAGCAGCAGUGGCUCGUCAGCAGCUUUUAGUAGCUUUGCAACAAACACCUUUUACCCCUGCUACACGUCAUCAAGAAUUCCUAAUGAAAACAUUGAGUGACACAUCAUCAACUGUUUCAGUUGCCACAACAUCAUCAGGUAUACCUUCUCUUGGUCCCUCUGGAAGCAGCAGUUCCCGCAGCAGCAGUGGUGCAGGAAUGGUUAGUAACCUAAUGACUGGUAAUGGAUCAAAUGCAUGUAGUACAUCAAAACCAAGUAGCAACAAUGGCAACAGCAGUGGUUCAAAUUGGCGUCAUAAUCGUCAUGGUAGCACAGCAUCAUGGCAUGGUCCUACCCGGCAUAGCUCUUUAGUACCAUGCAAUCGCCGACUUCAUAGCACACCCAUAGUAACAAGUAAAGCUGGGCCCCCUCCAGUAGGUCGGCGUGAACACAAAGCUGCCCGAACUUUAGGCCUCAUCAUGGGAGCUUUUGUAUUAUGCUGGUUACCGUUUUUUAUAUGGUAUGUUAGCAUCAAUAUCUGUGGCCCUUCUUGCCACUGUCCACCUGCUGUUGUCACUGCACUGUUCUGGAUUGGCUACUUUAAUUCUACACUUAAUCCUUUCAUAUAUGCUUAUUUUCGUACUGAUUUCCGAGAGGCUUUUCAUCGUACUUUAAAGCGUCUUAGUUGCUGCAAGCCUCGUCAGCCUGCUGGAGUCUUUGUCUGACCACCAUUACAAGUAAUAUGUUGGAGAGAUCAUUUGAAACAAUAGUGCUAAGUGCUGAGAGCAAAGGUUGUGCUAGCGUAAGGGGACGAUUUUACCAUCCUCGUCUUAUAAAGAAAAAAUUGAAGGUCACUUACAAAGUAUGGGUUGUGUGUUGGCACAAAAAGUUGGAAAAACUGAGUGUUUCACCUGAGGAUUGUCAAGAUAAAUCUAUGACAUUUAUCUAGUCAUUAAUCAUACACUGUAAGAAAAUGAAAAUACUCAAGUAAUAUAUACAAUAUUGCAGUUCAAGUGAGUUUAUUUACAUUUAAACAAAACUGUGGCAUUUAGUUAUACAUAGUGUAAUAUCCACUGAAUGAUUUUUCUUAAAGCAUUUCAAAAUAAUUUUCUGAAAGAUGUAAAUCAUGGUCUUAGUGUAGUCACGCUUAUAUUAUUACUGAAACAUUGUGGUUCAUCAGCCAAGAACCAAUAGUAGUGGUAAUAUACUAAUUGUGCUUUUUCUGGUGAAUAAAACAUGAUUUUUGUACCAAUUUCAUUUUGUUUAUCAGACAGGUGCUGAUGUAGCAUUUCAGAUCUGGUUAUGAAUAUCAAGUACCCAGAUCAUUUUGGGAACCUUUCAUUGCUACUUAUGUUGCUUUUAAACCUAGCGAUACUCAGUGAUUCCAAGUGCUAGAUAAGUUGUCUGCAAAUGAUUAAACUAAUCCAUAAAUAGGGUCAAGAUAUAUGUCCAUUACAAUGGGAAGCAUUACUCACUUAAGGUGAAGACUAGACAAACUUCUUUUGAGAGAGAAUUAGUGAUAAUUUUCUUUGUGAGAGAAUUAGUGAUCAUUUUCUUUCCAUUUUUUUUCUUAGUGUCUCACAACAUUGUGGUUUGUCAUGAAGGUGAAAUGUGAUUUAGAUCUUAGUAUAGUAUUAUGUAAAGGGCAAAUAGCAACAAUAAUCAUUGGUGCUUGCUCAAAUAAUGAAUUUUAUGUAUGUGUAAGAAACUAUAGGUUACUGUAUACAUGUAUAUAUCAGCAACUUACUCUAUCCAUAAAAAUAUACAUAUAUAUAUAUGUAUAUAUAUAUAUAUAUA